AUUCAGGCGCUUUUCCUGUCCCUCCAUUGGCUCCAGCUGCGGUCAGUCAGGAGUCCUGCCUGAAUGUGUGCUGCCGGGCAGACGUAAACAGUCCUCGUUUCGGCUGAAACUCGUCUGAUCGCCGAGGAAAAGCUUUUAUUUCUUAUUCGGAGGAAGGAUUUCUCCGAGAAAUGGCGCCGACGAUACAGACUCAAGCGCAGCGGGAGGACGGACACCGGAGCUCUUCGCACAGAGCCAUACCCGAAAGGUCAGGUGUUGUGUGCCGUGUUAAGUACUGCAACAGCCUCCCUGACAUCCCGUUUGACCCAAAGUUCAUCACGUACCCCUUCGACCAGCACAGGUUUGUGCAGUAUAAAGCCACUUCACUGGAGAAACAGCACAAACAUGAACUGCUCACCGAGCCAGACCUGGGGGUCACUAUUGACCUCAUCAACCCAGACACGUACCGCAUUGACCCCAAUAUUGUGCUGGACCCUGCGGACGAGAAGCUUCUGGAAGAGGACAUCCAGGCUCCCUCCAGCUCCAAGAGGUCCCAGCAGCAUGCUAAGGUGGUCCCAUGGAUGAGGAAGACGGAGUACAUCUCCACUGAGUUCAACAGAUACGGAGUCUCCAACGACAAAGUGGAGGUCAAGAUUGGUGUGUCAGUCAAGCAGCAGUUCACUGAAGAGGAGAUCUACAAGGACAGAGACAGUCAGAUCGCCGCUAUUGAAAAAACCUUUGAGGACGCCCAGAAAAAUAUUGCGCAGCACUACAGCAAACCGAGAGUUACACCUGUGGAGGUGCUGCCCGUCUUUCCAGACUUUAAGAUGUGGAUAAACCCCUGUGCUCAGGUCAUCUUCGACUCUGACCCGGCUCCUAAAGAGGUGGCCGGCUCCGCUGCUGUGGAGAUGAUGUCUCAGGCCAUGAUCAGGGGAAUGAUGGAUGAAGAGGGAAACCAGUUUGUGGCGUAUUUCCUGCCCAACGAGGACACAAUCCGCAAGCGAAAGAGAGACGUGGAUGAGGAGUUGGACUACAUGCCUGAUGAGCUGUAUGAAUAUAAGAUAGCGAGGGAGUAUAACUGGAACGUGAAGAAUAAGGCCAGUAAAGGCUACGAGGAGAACUACUUCUUCAUCUUCAGAGACGGAGACGGCGUCUACUACAACGAGCUGGAGACCAGAGUGCGUCUGAGUAAGAGGAGGGCAAAGGCUGGAGCUCAGUCCACCACCAACGCUGUGCUGGUCUGCAAGCACAGAGACAUGAAUGAGAAAGAGCUGGAAGCACAGGAAGCUCGCAAAGCUCAGCUGGAGAACCACGAGCCGGAGGAUGAGGAGGAGGACAUUGACAUUGACAAAGACAUGCAGGACUCAGGUGAUGAGAAGGAGAAAGGCAGCGAGAGCGAGAAUUCGGAGAGCGAUUCGGACCGCGAGGAUGAAGAGCGGCGAGGCGAGGAGGAUGAGGAUGAGGAGGACGAGGAAGGAGGGAAGCGGCGGGAGAGGAAGGUCAGCGGGAGCGGCAGCGAGAGCGGAGAGGACCGGCAGGCCCGGGACGAGGAAGAGAUCUUCGGCAGUGACGACGACAGCGAGGAGGAGGACGGAGGACGGCGCAGCGGCAGUGAGGACGAGGAGGAGGGUGAGGGAGGAGGAAGGAGAAGCGGCAGCGCCUCUCCGGCUCACAGUAGCAGCGGCCACUCAGAGGCCGGCCAGCACAGCGGCAGCGAGAGGGCGUCGGACUCCAGCGACGGCAGCGACAGUGAAUGAGAAACACGCUGGGGGGACUACAACUCCCAUCAUCUCUGGCUUUUUCCUAGUUCUGUCCUUAAUUUCCUCAUGUGCUCUGUUUGGUUGUGGUGCCAUACCUAAUAGGAGGACUACAACACCCAUCAUACCUGGCUGUCCCAGUUCCCCAGCCACUGGAGAAACUACAGCUCCCAUGAUCCCCAGCUGUUCUGUUUCCUCGCCCACUGAAGAGAACUACAGCUACCAUCAUCCUCAGCUGUUCUGUUUCUUUGCCCGCUUAAAAGAACUACAAUUACAACUCCGCUCUCAUGGUUCUUCCCCUCUGUUAAGGACUACAACUCCCAUCAUCCCCAUCUGUCCCAGAUUCCUCACUCAUUUUCUCUAUUGCACUUGUUGCUCUGUUUAAUGUUUGGAGAAGGAGAUGAACAAAAAUAGUUUUUUUGGUCAUUUUUUAUUUUUUUCCAUUAUUUUUCCAUUAUUUUUCCAUUUUUUUAAGUAGUCCUGCAAGUUGACCAGCAUCAUGGGAACCGAUGAACUGAGCUGAAGCUGUUCUCAUGCCCUGCACACUUAAUUAAUGCUUAAAAUACCGUUUACCCACUUCUGUCUUCAAAUUUUACUAUGACUAUCCACAUUAUUUCAUCAAGAGGAAUUCCACCAACAUUUUUCAGUUCAUUAAAAAGUCACGAUGUAAACAGAGUCGUUCACAGCAGUUUGGAGUGAAACUCUCCGUUCUAGAUAAACUCACCGAGUCAGAACUGCUCACAGUGGUGGUGAUAUGAGCCAGACGUCCACCUCGAAAAGCUCCUACAUGAAAUAGUUAUGAAUUCACUGCCUGAUGACUGAGAUGCUGUUUUACGGUAGUUUUUAGGAAAGGAUUUGGGCUAAAAAUGUGUUUACAAAACCGAUUGAUGGCAACGAGGGGCAUGCAGGGUCCGCGUCUGUCUGGUUAACCCUUUCAUUCCAACCCACUCUGAAUGUGUACAUCUUGUCCCCUUUAAUACGGCCCAUAACUGAGACUCUGCUCAACAUGUCUCGCCAAAUGAAAGUAGAUGACUGAAACUGCAAGGCUGCAGGACACUGAGGUGGAUGCUGCAGUACUAGGCGGUGUUCAGGCGCUUCUUUGGUGUUGCGAUUAUUUCACAAUACCUUCUGCUUUAUAUGAGCCCUUCUGGCCAGAUUUCUCCAGUUCUUCUUUUCCCUUUUUGCUUUUUUUCUGUUUGAUGAAAUCACUUCUCCUCACGACCGUUGAAGCAACUGUUUCACGCAGAACUCCGGCCCUGGAGGGCCAGCGUCCAGCACUCUUUCGAGAUCUCGCCCAUCAUACACACCUCAUUCAGCCCCUCUGUUAAUUGCCAGGUUUAAUGAGUGUUUUAAGGAGGGCAGCUACCAAACUGUGCAGGAGGCCGUCCCUCCAGGACCGGACUUGCGCCACCCUGAUGUCAAGCUUUGAGGGCUAAUUAUGCUGUUUUCUAUGUUACGAUCCAAAGAUCAUCAUCAUCUAAUUUGUGGACUGUUUUGUUAAUUUAGUUGUUAUUUUAGUAGCUGUAGAUUGUAACGUCAUGGUGAUACAUGGUCACUUUGCUGUAUAAACUGCUGUAAAUAAAGAUAAACUAGUGUUUUUGUUUAAAAAA